CCCUUCCCCCGCUGGAAACAAUCAGCAAGCCAAGAAACACACUCCCCGCCACGAUCCUUCCCUCCCUUCUCUCCCCCGCGCCGCGCCCCGCGCACGGCACAAUUCAUCACUCCCGACCACCGACCUUCCCUCGGUGACACCCACCGACAUCUAGUCACCCGGCCGGUUGUCGACUUGCUUCUACUGCACCAACAACAACACCACGGCCACCACCAUGGCGACCCGGCCUACAAACCACAGAAGACGCGACUCGUCCGUCUCGGACAUGGCGGCGAGCAUCAUCAGCGGCAUCACGUCGCCCAUCAGUUCGCUCCUCAAGCUUCCUGGCAGUCCAAAGGCUCGAGGGUUCGACGUGCACGCCAAGCUCCUCGAGUCGGGCGAGGACGAGCCGCAGUCGUCUGUCUUUCUCGAUGACGGCUUCACGAAGCGCGUCGAGCUGACCGUCGGGGGCAUGACUUGCGGUGCUUGUGUUGCUUCGAUCGAGGGCCAGCUCUCCGCUCUCGACGGCAUCAAGAGCGUCCAGGUCUCGCUGCUCGCUGAGCGCGCCGUGAUCGAGUAUGACCCCGAGUUCCUCGACGCCAAGGGGCAGAAGUGGACGGACGCCCGUAUCGCAGAGGAGAUUGAGGACGUCGGUUUCGACGCCGAGGUCGUGGCAAAGAGCGCUAUUUUGAGCGUCGAGCUGCUCGUCUAUGGACUUGACGACGUGUCGCUCGCACCCCAGGUCGUGCGCGAGGUGUCGUCGUGCGCAGGUGUCAGUGACGCAGAGUACGACCCUCCAUAUGACCGCCUCGCGUUCCUCUACACCCCCCGCCUGACAUCGCUCCGUUCAAUCGUCGACCAUGUCGCCGCAGUGUUCUCCAACUUAUCGUUCAUCCCGUCCUCGAGCGAGAACGACUCGCAGCUGGCCUCGUUGAAGAAGUACCGCGAAACAGCGCUCUGGAGGCGGACUUUCAUCCUCUGUGCCUGCUUCGCCGUGCCCAACUUCAUCAUCGGCAUGAUGCACAUGUACCUCCCCUUCUUGGGCUGGACCCAGAUCAAGCUUUGGACAGGAAUCUACCUCGGCAACGUCGUCUGCCUCUUCCUCACCAUCCCGGUGCAGUGCUUCCUCGCAAAGUCGUUCUACCAAAAGGCGUACAGCUCUCUCAAGCACGGCUCGGCCACCAUGGACGUCCUCGUUGUCCUCGGCACGACCGCCGCGUUCACCUACUCGGUUCUGUCCAUGUUCUUCGCCCAGUUCUCGUCCAACCCCGACCACCGCCCCCAGGUCUUCUUCGACACGUCGACCAUGCUCAUCACGUUUGUCUCGUUGGGCAGGUACAUUGAGAACAUGGCCAAGGGCAAGACGUCUGCCGCCCUGACAGACCUCAUGGCCCUCACUCCUUCAUCUGCAACAAUCUUUGUCGACCCUACGGACUUUGAGGCUGGCUCCAAGACUCGCAAGAUCCCCACCGAGCUCGUCCAGGUCGACGACAUUGUGCUCGUUGUUCCUGGAGAGAAGAUUGCUGCCGACGGCGUCGUCAUCUCGGGAUCGUCGGCCGUCGACGAGUCCAUGGUCACCGGCGAGUCAAUGACCAUUGCCAAGGGCGUCGGAGACCAGGUUAUUGGCGGUACCGUCAACGGUCUCGGCACCAUCACCUUCCGCGUUACCGGUGCUGGCUCGGACACUACUCUGGCCCACAUCGUCACCCUUGUCCACGAGGCUCAGACUUCCAAGGCUCCAAUCCAGGCCUUUGCUGACCGCAUCGCUGGUAUCUUCGUGCCCAUUGUCAUCUCGCUCGCCCUUGCUACGUUCUUCGCGUGGAUGGCUGUCGCCAUGUUCAAGCACCAACUUCCGUCGGCGUUCAGCGCUCCAGGAGCGUCCAAGUUUGGCGUGUGCCUCAAGCUCUGUAUCUCGGUCAUCGUCGUCGCCUGCCCCUGUGCCCUUGGUCUCUCGACCCCCACCGCAGUCAUGGUCGGCACUGGUGUUGGCGCCCAGAACGGCAUCCUUAUCAAGGGCGGCAAGGCGCUCGAGGCGUGCCAGGACGUCAAGAUUGUCGUCCUCGACAAGACUGGUACUGUUACCACUGGCAAGAUGGUCGUGUCCGACGUCAAGUGGGCCCAGGGCAACUCGCCAACGACCGCCUCUGGCCUUACCAGCUCGGAGGCUCUCAGCUUGACCAGCGCCGCCCCUCCCCUCCAGCGCCACGCUGUUCUUUCUCUUAUUGCGCUUUCCGAGUCCCGCUCCGAGCACCCGAUCGCCGUCGCUGUCGCAGCGUACGGCCGUGAGACGCUGUCCGAGGCUGGCCUGUCCCCUCCCGCUGGCGAGGUCCUGGACUUCGAGUCUGUUCCUGGCGAGGGUAUCGAGGCGACCGUUCGCAUGCACGGCCGCGAGGAGCGCAUCCGCCUCGGCAAGCCCAGCUACAUCCUUGCUUCUGGAAACGGAAAGGCCGCGGAGGCCGGCUCCAGUGCCCUCCCCGGUGCGCUGCAACGCUUCGAGUCUGAGCAGAGCAACGACGCCCGCAUGGUCGUGUUCGUGUCGAUUGUCCGUGACGGCGAGGCGAUCCCUGUUCUCUCCCUCGCUCUGGCCGACACGCCAAAGCCUACGUCGACCCAGGCUAUUGCUGCCCUCCGUGGCAUGGGCGUCCGUGUCGCUCUCCUUAGCGGAGAUUCCGAGGCGACCACCUGUGCUGUUGCUCGCGCCGUUGGUAUCGAUGAGGACGAGGUGUACGCCGGUGUCAGCCCCAAGGGCAAGGCGACGAUCGUGCGCGACCUGCAAUCCGUGGGCAACGUCGCCAUGGUCGGCGAUGGCAUCAACGACUCGCCAGCUCUCGUUGCCGCAUCCCUCGGCAUCGCUCUUGGCUCUGGAACUUCGGUCGCCAUGGAGGCCGCCGACGUUGUGCUCAUGCGAAGCGACCUCCUCGAUGUCGUCGCAGCGCUCGACCUCGGCCGGGCAAUCUUCUCAAAGAUCAAGGCCAACCUCAUCUGGGCGUGCUGCUACAACAUCUUCAUGAUUCCUCUGGCGAUGGGCAUCCUCCUUCCCUGGGGCAUCCACCUGCACCCGAUGAUGGCUGCGCUCGCGAUGGCCUUCUCCUCCGUCUCGGUCGUGCUGUCGUCUCUCACGCUCAAGUGGUGGCGCCGGCCACGCAGCUCGGUGCCCCCCGGCGAGCACUACGAGCGCGGUGGCCUCAACCGCGGCAUGGCCGAGUUCCGCGCCGCGCGCGUGGCUGCCACCGCGGCGGCCAAGAACAUUGCGGCCGACGUCAUCAACGGCGCGCGCCGCGUGCCAGCGCUCUCGGACCUCAUUGACCGUUCGCCAUUGGCACGCCUUGGCAGCUCGCGCCGCAACGUUGUCAACCUCGACGACUACGAGGCCGUGCCGCUUACAUCAGAGUCGGAGCCCCCAAGCCGGCCACGCACCUCGAUGGUGUAAUGUCCAGGCUUGACGUACGUUCAGAAGUAGAUCUCAUAGUUGGUUCGUUGCAUGUAUUCCUGCGCAUUUU